GCGCUCUCUGCGUGGCUCGCUCUCACUCGCGCACACACACACAGACCCGAUCAGAUGCUUCAGGACCGGCCACUUUGCGAGGGAAACAACACGGGAGGGUGCCUGACAGGGCUGGCCGGGAAGAACUGCUGACCUGUCUAAAGAAAUAUAUCUGCGUCUCCCGGAAUGGCAGGACAGAUGGUGCUCGUUCGCGCCGCGGCGACUUCUCUCGAUGGCACACCGAGCGGAGCUGAUGAGUGGUUUGUUUUUAUGGCAGGAAGGUAGCGAUGCCCUCGGACAUCCCGUGGCACGGGCUUGAUGGGAAAUGUCCGCUCCUGCACGGGCGCGAGUGCCGCCAAGACGCGCACCGGGAGGGCAGAGGGGCAGCGGCACCGCUCCCACCUGCUCCUGCCCCAUCCCCGCGGACGUGACCUGUCGCAGAAACGCCGAGGAAAGGGGCUUUCGGCACGAGUGCCAGAGCCGCGCCCCCAGUUCCCUCCAAACUGGUUCUAAAGGUCGCUUCCCGCUCGUCCUCCCUCUCGUCCGGGGGGGCGGCCGCCGCCCCCCGAAAGGCCGGGCAGAGCCCGCGCUGCCUUUGUGCCGCCCGAGGGGACGUGAAGGAGCCCGUGUCGGGCAGCGCCCGGGGGUGCAGGCAGGGUCCCCCGAGCCCCCUCGUACGGAGCCGCUCCCCUUCCCGCGGCCCUGCUGGGGCAGUGCCCGGGCACGGACACGCCGCCGCCGCCGCACGGGCAGCCCCGGCACCCCCGGCCUCGGUGGCGGCUCCCGCUGCCGGAGCGGCCACCUCGGCAGCCCCCGGCGUCCUCUCGCCUCCCCGCGCCGCGCUCCCGCAGCCCCCCGAGUGACGCUCAGACCGGCGCGCUGGUCCAUCCGCACACAUUUCCAAUCUCAUGGCUCAUAAACUAUUAGCGAAGGGAUUUCAUUAUUCACCUUCCGUGUCUUACAAAGGAGAAGGAGAAGAGAAAAAAAAAAAAAGAAAAAGAAAACCCAACCACGCGCUCCUGGUAACAGUAAGACCGGGCCAGGUUUAAAUCCCAGCGCCUGCCUGGACUCUGGGAUCGGCUCAGGGCUGGAGGCCGAGGGGGCUCCGCCGGUUCCUCCGCUCGGCGCUGGGCUCCGACCGAGGCUGCUUCUCCCGGAGGGACUGCGGAGGUCAACCUCGGCCGGGGCAAGGCAAAGCUAUGCAAAGCAAAGCCGAGCCAAGCCAAACCAAGCCAAGCCGUGAACAAGGUUUACCGUCCUCAGAGAAAAUAUUCCGGAUGAAAGAGUAAAAUCUUAGGGAUGAAAGGGGAUGAGGGAGUAGUCUGCAUAUUUUCCUUAUUUUUUUCUUCCUUUUGUCAAUUUUUUUUUCUUUUUCUGCAACAAAUAACGUUAGGAGUUAUUUAGCUGUCCAUUAGAAUCUGACAGAUCCCACUCCGGGGUGUGGAGCACAAGCUCCGCUGAGCGAUGCCGC